CGCUGCACCUGCAAACAGCGCUGCCAUUUAAUACAAUGGAAAGACAAGGACGCAAAAGCAUCUAAACAGGCGCCUCUCCUCUAAAAGACAAGACGGGAGGCAGAAUGAGUGAAGAGUUGUCAGUUUCUCCCAGCUGGCUGGCUCAAGAACCCACGUGGGGCGGCAGCGGUGCGGGGAGCUUAGAGAACAUCACCAUCGGAACGUACCCACCCGCGGUCGUCCUGCCGGCGAGGCCGCCCGCUGAGCUGUUGGUAAACCCGUGGGACAUCGUGCUGUGUUCAUCCGGCACCCUCAUAGCCUGCGAGAACGCCCUGGUGGUUUUGGUCAUCUGGCAGAACCCGGCUCUACGCGCCCCCAUGUUUUUGCUGAUCGGCAGCCUAGCUCUUGCUGACCUAUUUGCCGGUUUGGGGUUAGUCCUGCACUUUACCUUCGCUUACCUGCUUCGCUCUGACUCGGCACAGCUUCUGACUGUGGGUUUGGUGGUGGCGUCGUUCUCCGCAUCGGUGUUCAGCCUGCUGGCUAUCACUAUUGACCGCUACCUGUCAUUGUACUACGCCCUCACCUAUAACUCUGAGCGAACGGCUGCCUUCACAUACACCAUGCUUGUGCUUCUAUGGGGAGUGUCGUUGUGUCUAGGUUUGCUGCCUGUCAUUGGUGUGAACUGCCUGGGCCAGGAGGCGAGCUGCAGUGUGGUGUGGCCCCUUACAAAAAACAACGUGGCCGUUCUAUCCGUGUCCUUCCUUCUGCUGUUCGGCCUCAUGCUACAGCUUUACAUGCAGAUCUGUAAAAUUGUCAUGCGACAUGCGCACCAAAUCUCCCUCCAGCACCACUUUUUAGCAGCGAGCCCUCACUAUGUCACAACGCGGAAAGGCGUAUCCACCUUGGCGAUCAUUCUGGGCACAUUCGCCGCUUGUUGGAUGCCCUUUACUGUCUACUCGCUCAUAGCCGAUUACACGUACCCGCCACUCUACACAUACGCCACCCUGGUGCCCGCCACCUACAACUCGGUCAUCAACCCCGUCAUUUACGCCUUCCGAAAUCAAGAGAUCCAGAAAGCUCUAUGGCUGGUGUGUUGUGGAUGUAUCCCUGCCAGCGUGGCACAGCGGGCACGGACUCCCAGCGACGUCUGAUGUGCCUAGGGAACU